AUGCGUCCUGUGGUGUGCCUCGUGAUGGUACUAUCCAUGGACGUCCUCGGCGCCGCUGCCGGCGUCUUCAAGCCGCCGCCGGCGAUGUACGUGUUGGGCGACUCGACGCUGGACGUCGGCAACAACAACUACCUGCCGGGGGCGAACGUCCCCAGGGCCAACAGGCGCUACUACGGCAUCGAUUUCCCCGGCGGCGUUUCCACCGGAAGGUUCAGCAACGGCUACAACACUGCCGAUUUCAUUGCAAAGUGCAUAGGGUUCGUGAGCAGCCCUCCGUCGUACCUGUCGCUGGUGGCGCCAGCAAGCUCCGGCGGCCUUCUGAACGCCGGCAGCACCAUCCCGCUGUCGAAGCAGGUGCAGUACUUCAACGCCACGAGGUCGAAGAUGAUCGUCGCCGCGGCGGCGGGAUCCUCCAACGCGGUGGACACCCUGAUCAACAGGUCCUUCUUCCUCCUCCUCUUCGGCGGCAACGACGUGUUCGCAUUCGCGAACGCGGAGCAGGCGCGCAACAGGUCCGGCGCCGCCGACCUGCAGAGCGACGCCGCCGCCUUCUACGGCAGCCUCGUCUCCAACUACUCGGCCGCCAUCAGGGGCCUGUACGCGCUGGGCGCGCGGAGGCUCGCCAUCGUCAACGUGGGGCUCGCCGGAUGCCUGCCGGUAGCGCGGGUGCUGGACGCCACGGGCGCGUGCGCGGAGGACCGGAACCGGCUCGCCGCUGGCUUCAACGCCGCGCUGCGGUCCCUGCUCGACGACCUCGCCUCCUCUUCCUCCGGUCUGCCCGGCCUCGCCUACUCCCUGGCCGACUCGCUGGGCCUCAUGGCGGACACCUUCGCUGACCCGCUGGCGUCGGGGUUCACGGACGUCGCCGACGCGUGCUGCGGCGGCGGCCGGCUCGGCGCGGAGGCGGCCUGCACGCCCAACGCCACGCUCUGUGCAGACCGCGGGCAGUACUACUUCUGGGACAACAUCCACCCUACCGAGCGGGCCGCGGCGCUCAGAGCCCAGGCAUUCUAUGACGGCCCGGCCCAGUACACUACGCCCAUCAACUUCAAGCAGUUGGUCCACAUGAGCUGA